AUGUACAAGGAAGCCCUGAACAACAGCGGUUACCGUGGUGACAUCGAAUUCGCCAGAAACCAAAAGCCCAACAAAACCAGGAAAAAACGCCAAAGAAACGUCACGUGGUUCAACCCACCCUACAGCAGUAAUGUCAAAACCAACAUCGGAGGGAAAUUCAUCAACCUUGUCGAAAAACAUUUCCCCAAGGGACACAAACUAUUGACUUCAUUGGAGGACAUCAAAUCAUACCGAGAAAUUGGACCUGCACCGUCAGUAAAGUCCAUUGAGUUCGGAGCUGAUGACACUUUGGAAACAGCAUUAGGCGAUCAUGGCGUAUCAGUGAUCAUUCCGUCAGAUGCCAUUCGUCCGGAUCACUCAUGUCGGAUCACCGUAACCCUUUUAGAACACCCUUCAUGUCUAGAUGUUCAGGAAGAUGAAUCAUUGGCAUGCCGUGGUAUUAAGUGUGAUCCUGGAGAUAUGAUCUUCAAUAAACCCGUGAUGAUCAGAAUUCCACAUUGUUUCUCCGUCACCAACCCAGAUCAAGUACGACCAGAUAUCGUCAGCUAUGAAUGGGAUUCAGUGAACGAUCUACCAAUUACGUCAAGGAGGAGAUCAUCCACCUCACCAGACAAACCACCAUACUGUAGAGUGUACGGUAGACAUCUUGAGCUUUACAUUGACUACUGUGCCGAGUGGUGGGUUCUUAUUCCCCUUGAACAACAGCUGGUCCGACAGAAGCUUAUUUGUACGCCAUACAUCCCGGACAAGAUAGAUAAAGGCAAGAAGAUCGAUUUUCAUCUCCAUCUUCAUGCGAAUCUUCCAGGAAUGGAUGCGGAUGCAGAAGAGGAGGAAAGGAAGCAAUCAUAUCACAAGGCCCAUCCAUCUGUCCCUAUCAACGUAGCAACCAAGUCUGGAGACCUUGAUGUCGUUUGCCACCGUGAGGGCCAUCGUCCCCAUCGUGAUGUAAAGGAGGUUCUUCCUCUAAAAGAUGUUCAUAGCAAUAUGAGAAACCGUAUUCUACUACCAGUGACUGUGCAUGAAGAGGACGUUGACUUUCCAGUUACUAUCACAAUUGCACAGACGGGAAAGCUUGACGUUGCAAUAUACUUCGCCUUUGUCUUCAAUAGUUCAGCAGAUGAUGAAGAACAAGACACUUCUGUAGAAAUCGCUUCUUCUGUACGCGUGGUUAGAGGCAUUUCAGGAACUGACAUCCAGGAUGUCGAGCUGCACAGCAUUGCUGAGAAGAUGUCAGUGAACCAUUUCUAUGAUUUGGGGAUCGCACUUGGCUUUCGAAUCCCCAAGUUGGAUGCCAUAGAAUACAUGCAAUUAGGAGACAGGCAGCAGGCUAUGUACCAAUUGCUGGUGAAAUGGAAGCAGGCACAGCCAUCUGGUCUUGCAGCGAAGGAUGCGCUGCUGUCAGUGAUGGAGUCGUUAGAUCUGCCAAGCAUACCAAGUGAGGACAUGCAAAUAACAGGUUAGUUGAUGACUUGAUUUUUUUUGUAAUCUGAAAAUCUGAUGCUUCUUUCAAUAGCGGUGUUUCUAAUCAUCUUCUUCCUAAUCAUUUUAGGCAAUUUGUAUGUGUGUGAAUGUAGAAAAUGCAACAUUUCGUAGAUGAUACGCAUGCCUUUUGAUUAAUUGCAAAUAAUGAUGAUUAUCGUUGACAACCAUUGCAAGACCCUGACGGAAUGGAACUACGGGAAGAUUCCGGCAACGUAUCAGAGAUAGUAUCCAUGAUGAAGGUACAAUAUAUUCAAACUGAAUCAAUUGAU